AUGUCCGUCAUAAUCGAGAAGAUCCUCGCAGCGGCACCCACCACAGAACGUGGUCGCCCAACUCAACUCUCCACCGAUCCUAAAGGAGAACGGAUAGCUUACGCUGUAAGUUCGAGAAUCUUGUGAUAUUUGUAAGAAAUCGUUUUGAUUCAUGGGUAAUAUAGUCUGGCAAAUCGAUUUUCCUUCGUUCUUUGGAUAAUCCGUCGGAAAGUAAACAGUAUAACAAUCAUACUGCUCAAACAACCGUUGCGAGGUUCUCACCAUCCGGGUUCUAUGUUGCUUCGGGAGAUGUCUCUGGUGCGGUCAAAGUAUGGGAUGCGGUUGAGGGGGUAAACACAAAAGGUACAGAACUGUACUUCUUUUCACUUCGAGAUGCUCAAAUUCAAGUCUAUACAUGGUAUUGACUCGGAAUAGGUGAAUACCAUAUUAUAUCUGGACGCAUAAACGAUAUUGCCUGGGACGGAGACUCGCAACGUAUCAUCGCAGUAGGAGAUGGAAGGGAACGAUUCGGUCACUGUAUAACAGCAGAUAGCGGAAAUUCUGUCGGUGAAGUUAGUGGCCAUUCGAAAAUCAUUAAUGCGGUCUCGAUACGUCAACAACGACCUUUGCGUGCGGCGACAGGAGCGGAUGAUAGUGCGAUGGUGUUUUUACAUGGUGCUCCUUUCAAAUACAAUAACAAGCUCGGAGGACUGCAUAAGGGGUUCGUUUAUGGAGUUGACUUUUCGCCGGAUGGUGAGAAGCUUGUUACUGUGGGUGCGGACCGUAGGAUUCAGCUAUAUGAUGGUAAGACGGGAGAGGCUACGGUUCAGAUUGGAGAGGGAGAGCAUAAGGGAAGUAUUUUUGGAGUUUCUUGGGCGAAGGAUUCCAAAAGGUUUGUCACGGCUAGUGCUGAUCAGACAGUCAAGCUAUGGGAUGUGGAGGCCGGAAAGGCAGUUCAGACUUGGAGAUUUGGGGGAGAGGGAAAUGUCAGUAUUCCUGAUCACCAGGUUGGUGUUGUAUGGCCGGCUGGUAGGAGUGAUGGAAUGGUUGUCAGUUUGAACUUGGCGGGUGAUCUGAAUUACCUUGUUGAGGGAACUCAGACGCCAACAAAAGUUGUUCAAGGACACAAUCGAAGUAUCACGGCUCUGGGUUCAAGUGAGGGUUCUAAAGGUCAGACUUUCUGGACUGGUAGUUUCGAUGGUCGAGUUUGUUCUUGGGAUAGCGACUCGGGUAUUGGCUCAGCAGCAGAGGGACAAACCCACUCUAACCAAGUCUCCGGAUUUACAACAACAGAAAGUAGGGCAUACAGUGUUGGCUGGGAUGACACUCUCAGAAUUGCAGACACCUCAAGCAAUACUUUCCUAGGCGAGGCAUCAAAGCUAUCGGCCCAACCAAAAGGUGUCGCUUCAUCAGAAGGCCGAAUAUUUGUAGCCACAUCCUCAGGACUCGAUAUAUUCUCAAACGACAACCUUGUAUCCACCUUCCCAAUCUCAGACUACACACCAACCUCAAUUGCGGCCUCAAAAACCACCAUAGUAAUCGGCGACGACCGAAACAUUGUGCACAUCUACACCAUCGACUCCUCCAACAAGCUCUCCCCCACAGAAACCCUCACAACAUCCACAUCUCAAAUCACCGCCCUCUCCUUCUCCCCAAGUGGCUCGCUACUAGCCAGUGGUACCUCUUCGGGCAAAAUCUACGUCUACGAUACGACUAAUUGGGAGAUCAAAACUGAUCGUUUCUCGGCCCAUACCGCACGAGUCACUUGUCUAGAGUGGAAUCAGGAGGGAACCCAUUUGUUGAGUGGUGGACUGGAUACUAACGUUUUCGUGUGGAGUUUGAAAGCUCCUGGCAAGAGGGUGAAGGCUGCGAAUGCGCAUAAGGAUGGGGUUUAUGGGGUUUGUUGGGGGAGUGGUGGGAAGGUGGUUAGUACGGGGGGUGAUGCUGCUUUGAAGAUUUGGAGAGUUGAGGGGUUGGAGUAGGGUGUUACUGUAGUUGUUGGUAGAUGAAUAUUAAGGAAGGGGUAGAAUAGAAUAGAGAAUUGAG